GCCCGCUCGAUCACUGUCGCAAGGAGAACAAGCACCGCACCGCGCGAGUCAGAACUCAGAAGGCAAUGGCGUCGGCCACCGGCAGCUCGAGCCUGCGGAGCAGCUGCUCCCUCCCCAACCUCCUAGUCUGGCUCCUCAACCUCUCCCUCCUCGCCCUCGCCACCGCCGCGGUCGGCCCGGUCUUCCUCCUCCGCCCGCGCCCGACGCCCUUCGGCUGGGCGCUCGUCUCCGUGCACGCCGCCACGCUGCUCUCGGCGCUCGCCGCGCUCUGCGCGCAGCUCACCCACCUCUGCCUCGCCGGCCACGCCGCGCUCGCGCUCGCCGCGAUGUCCGGCCACGCGCUGGCCUCCGCCGCCUUCUUCCUCCGCCGCGACCGCAGCCUCGCGCUCCUGGGGUCCGCCAGGGACCGCCGGGAGCAGCUCGUGCUGGCGUUCCUGGAGGAGGUGCUGCUGCUGGGCAUGUUCCUGGCGCAGGCCGUGGCGCUGGCGGCCGCGUGCGUGGUACGCCGGCGGUGGGCGCGGGAGUACCAGGCCGCCGAGACGGAGAAGGCGGCCGUGGCGAGGAAGAGGGGGAGGAAGAUGGCGCGGGUGCAGGCGGAGUCGGCGGCCGCCGCGGAGGCCGGGGUGAAGGCCGUCGACGAGAAGGUGAUGCGGAGCAGCAGCGGCAAGAAGGUGCACUGGGCCAACAACGAUGGAUUCGAGGAGUGCUAGAAGAACAAGGCAGUUUGGACACAAGAAAGUAGAAGAAUCAGUAAUAAUCUCCUGUGUUAUGGUUCAGAGAUAUGAUGGCCAUUAUAGUGUGGCCAGAGUCAUCUCGAGUUGCUAUUUGUUCCUUGCAUUGGGGCUAUUACAGUGUGUACUAGUAUGAGAGUAGUUCUGUUCACUGAACUUUCUUCAAUGUGUGUGACUGUGAAAUAAAGCUUAGCUCGUUGCACACUGCUA